AUUGCUUUUGUCUUUCACUCACUUGCUUUUAAUCAGUAGCAAUUACACCAGCGCAACGCAAGAUAAAGAUAAAUGGUCUCUUUCAUCGUAUUCAGUUUGUUCUCCACAGUCUGUGCCAUAGGACACAGGUCGGUCUUUUUCUCCAAGGAGGGAGACACUGUGAUUAUGAGCUGCACUUUUCCCAACAUUAUAGAAGGAGACAUCAAUUACAAGAUCCAUUGGCUUAAGAGGUCACAGAACGACAGAACGGAGCUGCUGGAUGCCAAAAAAGAAUGUACAGCGCCGCACUGUAAAUACAAAAUUAACACAGUUAAUGAAACAACUGUAAAUUUAGUCAUUUAUAAUGCUCAGAGAAAUGAUUCUGGCGAAUAUUAUUGUUCAGAGAAUAUGGGUAGCUACCUCAAAUUUCCAGAUAAAGGAGUCGUCCUCGUCGUAGGAGAUGAUCCUAAGAUGAAAGGCAAAGUGUCUCUAUUUGUCUCACAGUACGGGUCAAGUGACCACGUGACUCUCAUUUGUCUGGUGACGGAGAUCUCCACACCCUACAUGUCCUUGAGGUGGUUUAUUAAUGGCAAUUUACAAAGUGUGCACACACCCGGCUCUGGGCUAGAAGUGCAGAGUGAAAAUGCAAGUAAGCUGAAGGUGAUGAGCAGCUUGGCUGUGUCUACUGAGGUGUGGCACACUGGCACCAUGUGUGCGUGUCAAGUGCAGCUCGCUUUAAACACAUCGAGGCAUAGCAGCAUCAACAGAAAAGGAUCUUGCUUUGGAAAGUUUGCUGUUUUUGCCGCAGUAGCACUCGGAAUUUUGUUACUCGUCUGGUUUGCAAGUUUCAUACUGACAGAUUGCAGAGAGAUGGCUGGAAACUGUGGACAAAGAAGGGAAGAAUUCUCCACUAGUGAUUCAAAGGAGAACCAUGAUACAGUCACCUAUGCAGAAGUGGAUUUUGGACCUCAUAGAAAAAAUGACAAAAAAGUCAACAAACAGGAGUAAUAUAUCAUAUAAAAGUGGGC